UUUGAAUGUGCUACAUAUACCAUCUUUCAAAAUUCAACGUGGCGAGGCCUAGGUGCAAUAUUGGCUCAUGGACUCAAAGCACUCACAGCGUUUUGGUCACAAUCACUUGCCAAGCUGAACGAGUCUAUUAAUGUAAUCGUUCAAGAACACGACUGGCAUCUGUGGCCCAUCAACUAGGCAUAAUUAUCAUGCUUCUCACUGUGACCGGUCGAAACGUACUACUUCCUGAUUUUGAUCUGCCACGACCUGCGACGAUCAAUAUCGACCUCAGGACUGGCAAAAUCAUCGAAAUCCUGUUGGGGUACAUCGGUGAUAAAGUGUGUAAUAAAAGCGGGGAUCUACAUUUCGUUGAUGCCGGGGACAAAUUUGUUCUCCCGGGGCUGGUCGAUGCCCAUGUUCAUCUGGAGGAACCCGGAAACCAGGACUGGGAAGGCUUUUGGACCGGCACACAAGCCGCAGCUGCUGGAGGCGUUACAGCUCUAAUUGAUAUGCCUGUCGAUUCAAGUCCGCCCACCACCACACCAGGGAACCUUGAUAUCAAACGUCAUUCUGCUCGUGGUCAGUGUUGGGUAGAUGUUGGAUUCUGGGGAGGAGCAAUUCCUCAUAAUCAAGCCCAAUUAGGACCCCUCUUAUCCGCUGGCGCCAGGGGUUUCAAGUGCUUUUUGGUUGAUACAGGCAUUGAGGAAUUCCCUCGCGUUUCUGAGAGUGACCUUCGUGCGCACAUGUCCCAUCUCCAAAACUCUGUCUUGAUUUUCCAUGCUGAAAUGCAGAACGCUUCUUCAUCGACCCACCACCAACUGGAUCCAAGGUCGUACCAGGAAUUCCUCUCCUCGCGUCCUGAGGAGCUCGAGGUGGAUGCUAUCACUCUCAUUACUCGCCUUCAAGCAGCGUAUCCCUCAGUUUUCUGUCACAUCGCCCAUUUAUCAGCCGCGUCUGCCUUGCCCAUCAUCCGUGCUGCCAAAGAGCGCGGACUAAAACUUUCUGUUGAAACUUGUUUUCACUAUCUAUGUUUAUCAGCGGAGGAUAUUCCGGAUGGCGCGACCGAGUACAAAUGUACCCCUCCGAUUCGCGAGGACUCUAACAGAAACCUCCUCUGGGACGCUCUCGUGGAUGGAACCAUUGAUUGUGUAGUUUCCGAUCACAGUCCUUGUCUCAUUGAGAUGAAGGGGCUUGAACGCGGUGAUUUUAUGGAAGCCUGGGGCGGAGUCAGUUCUCUAGGCCUUGGAUUAAGCCUCUUAUGGACGGAAGGAAGGAAGAGAGGCAUCCCACUUGGACAGAUCAUUCGUUGGAUGAGCAUUAAAACUGCCGAGUUAGCGGGAUUGUCUGGAACAAAGGGUCAGCUGAAAAUGGGACAUGAUGGCGAUUUGGUGAUCUGGGAUCCGGAACCUGAAUUCAAGGUCUCGAAAGAGCAUUUAUAUUUCAAGAACAAGUUGACCCCCUAUGAAGGCAUGACUUUGAGAGGCCUCGUACACAAGACAUUUGUUCGUGGUAGAUUGGCUUAUGAUUCGGCACUUCAAGAUGGUUUUAAAGGUCUCCGACCUGCCGGAGAGCUGCUAUAGGCACUUGCGCAACAAUGCUUACUUGUGUGCAGUGUGUUGUGAACUGGGCAGAUCUUUGCAGUCUCGAAUUUGCGACGACCUGUGUUAGUUCGGUGACUGUCGAAAGUCCUUAACCACACUGUUUGAGUACCAGCGGUGACGGGUUAACUUUCGGUCAGGUAGACCAAUAUAAGGAAGUUUAUAUUGUAGAGAUGCAAUUUACUGAUUGGGCCAGCAAGAAGUCUGCUGUCGGAC